AUGGAACAUUCAAAUGUUGUCUGUUCUGAUGGUGUCACUGUAAUGACAACUAUGCCAUAUGUGAAAGAUUUCGUACUGGAAGGUUCCAAAACGAGGCCAAUACUUAUACAAGAUAAUACUGGAAGUGUAUGGUUGCUUGAUAACGUUUUACAAAGACAUUUAGUUGGGAAUAUCAGUUCUAGUUGCAACGUUUCCAAAGAACAAAAUAUAACUGUAUUUCCUAUUGGUAAGCCCUUGUCACGUUACGGAAGCAAACUCUGUAAACACUCCGAUAACUUAAAUAUACUAGCAGUUGUAGUUAAAGCAUCUCAGUUUAAAAUGAUUUGGAAGUCAGGAAUUGAUUACAAAUUAAUUCAUGAUUACGAAGUGGGACUGUCCUCAACCACACACAGUUCUGCCCCCGACAUAGUGCCAUUUCGAACAACCAAACACCAUACACAUUUCAGACUGAAUCACCCCGAUGUUCCAGAUGGAAAGGAAUUUCACGUUAUCAUUAAAUCAAUAAGUAAAGCUGGAGUUGAAGGCAUACAGAGUAUUGGUCCAUUUAUUGUUGACACAACAAAACCACAGUUUGCUGGUGAUCAGAUUGACGUUAAUUUAGUAGAUGAAAAUCUAAUUGCAAAUUGGUCAGUUGGUGCUUUCGUGGAUCCAGAUGACCCUUUUCCAAUGCAUUUCCAAUACGCAGUUGGCAAGUAG